AGAGAAGGAAAAACACCUCAGCAUGUCGUGGGAAAGCAAAGGGCGCAAGUGAUGCUUGUGCCAGCCUACAAUAUUCUUGUCGGUUUCAUUCCAGAACAAUUCCCUCCCCUGCCCAAAUACUCUAUAAACUUUGACUUUCCCCUCUUAUUUGAUUCUCACUUUCCAUCACUCUGUGCCGACCCGUUAUCCUGAACAGACCCUGCAUCACCACCUCCUCAUUUCCCUUCUUGUAUGUUAGGAAUUCAGGGCUGGGAAAAUUUAGCCGAGUCAUCACAUUUGGCUACUACCCGGGAAAGCAGCCCUCCCGAGUCAGGAACGGGCUCCGGUUCAUCACGUGGCAGCCGCCUGCAGGAGCCGCAGUUCCAUGGACCAAAGACAGAGGAGAAUCCUGGGCCAGACCCUUUCCAUCCCUACUUCCCAGCCUAAGCAGAAAAGGACAUCAAUGAUAUCUUUCUUUUCCAAGGUCUCUUGGAAACUGAGGUUCCAGAAGCGGGAGCCUCUGAAGAAUGUGUUUUUCAUCUUGGCAGAAAGAGCUCGGGACCCCAAUGCUAAAAAGCGUCACAUGGCAAUGAGAAACUUGGGAACCAUGGCCUAUGAAGCCCCUGACAAGGUGAGAAAGUAUAAGAAAAUUGUCCUCGACCUGCUGGUGUAUGGACUGUAUGACCCUGUGAAUUUGGAAGUCAUCCAUGAGAGUAUGAAGACUCUGACCGUUGUUCUGGGCAAGAUCCAGGGGAAAGGUUUGGGUUCCUUCUUCAUAGACAUCACCCUUCAGACCAGGACUUUAUUAGAUGAUGAGAAUGACAGUCUGAGAUACUCGGCCUUUGUUUUGUUUGGGCAAUUGGCUGCCUUUGCCGGGAGAAAAUGGAAAAAAUUUUUCACCAGUCAGGUUAAGCAGACACAAGAUUCCCUCCUGAUCCAUUUACAGGACAGAAAUCCCCAGGUUGCCAAGGCUUGCAAAACCACAUUUCGAGCCUGUUCUCCAUAUCUGAAACUAAAGAAGGAAUACAGCUUCCAGAGUGAAGAAGAUCAAAGGAACACUAAGCUCUACCGGCAGCUGAGCCACUAUCAUCCAGAGAUCCUUCAGUUCUUCUACGCAAAUAAAAUUCUGUAAGCGCAGAACAGCAGGGAAAUUGUUCUAUAUGAGUGCAUUGCUGAGCCAUCAUAUUCCCCUGUUUUAUCUCACUGGAUGCCUCUUCUGCUUGCCUCUUGGGAUUGUAAUGGAAACCAGGGUGCUGGGAGAGCAAUCAAAGGCAAAAAUAAUACAUGGAAUUGUAUGAUUAUAUCUAAAGUAAAAUUCUAGACUGCUUUCACUUAUUUCAUUUCCUCCCCAUACAAAUUUGAUGAGCAGGUACACACUUUCUUUAAAACAUUCCAAGUGUAUAUAGAUUCAGUGCUUAUUUCUCAGCUUUUUCUUUCUUAAGUUCAUCUGUCACCUAGCUUUUAUUUUUAAUAAUUUCUGAGGCUUAGGAGACUACUUGUUACCUUAAGCAUUUUUGUUUGUUUGUUUGUUUGUUUUAGUGUAUUUGCUAUUGAUACCUUUUCUUGCCAAGAUUUAUUUAAAGUUGGCCAAGAUACCAAGAAGGUGGCUUGCAGGGGUAUCUUUGGCUUCUCAUAAUUUUAAACAGUCAUUGCUUUCAAGAUCAUCCUAAACAAGAAUUAAUAGACAGAAAAAGAUCUAUAAAGCAUGUGUUGAAAAUCCUCAGGCUCAUGAUAACUUAUGGGAUAACAAUAGUAGGUAACACUGAGUGCUUACAAUUUAGUGGGCACGGUCUAAGUGCUUUUUGAGAGUUCUAUUUAAUACUCAUGACAACCCUAUGAGAUAGUAAGUACUAUUAUUGUUCUCAUUUUGUAGAUGAGAAAGCUAACACAUAGGGAAAUUAGGUAACUUGCCCCAGAUAACUCAGUAAACAGUGGAGCUGGAAUUCAAACGCGUACGGACUGACUUCUUGAGCCCAUACUCAAUAAUCAUGCCAUCCUGCCUCUCCGUGGAAUAACUGAUGGUUGGUUGGAAAUGUUAGAAACAAAACAAAUGCAAACGUCUCUGCUUCUGCUCCUCUACUAAGCCCAGUUAGCUUUUGAUUUUAUAUGUACUAAGUAUACAUUUUUAUUAAUUUAUGUGAGCUGAGUGUAUGUUUUUAUUAAUUACUUUUUGGCUAUUAUUGCCAAUUAUCUUGGUGAUCAAUCCUAGUUAUCUGAGGAGUCACAUCACUCAUAAAAAUCACAAGAAAAAUCUCUUAGUCCCUCUCACCCUCCUUCUAACCAGAUUGCAUCCCAAGCUUCUACAGAAACUCUGGUACCACCCCUGAACUCAGUAUCUAGGCCACACCUGGAGCGUUUUGUUCAAGACAAUUUAAAACAAAGGAGAUUAUAAAAGCUACAGCUGGAUCUUAAAUGGCAUUCUGAGAAUCAGGAACUCAAUUUUCUGCUGUAGCUCCUAGGGACAGCGUGGUGUGACACAGAUGCGGGGAUGAGGAGAAUCCUAGGCGAGACAAGGAUGUGGGAGAUGGCAGAUGGAGUGGCAAGUGCCAGGCAGGAAUGGAUUUUCUUCCUUCCUGUUUUGAAUCUGAAGAAUAUGACAGCAAGAGAUUUUAGGAGGGACACAGGCUCAAGAGCAAAUGGGUGGUUCUGAGCUGUAAGCCCCCUGCCCCUCCCCAGCACCCGCUCCCCGGAUGUUGGCCUCUUUGAAAUUUUGUUGCAAGGUUGGUUUAAACUUGAUGCAGUUCCAUUAAGUGAUCAGUGAGUGGUCUGAGAAAUGGCUGCAUGUGGCUGGCAUUCAAAAAGGUGGAGAUAGGGUGAGAUGGGUGGGGUUACGUGCUCUAGAGAAGAAAAACCUAUGCAGUUAAUGUCCCUCUGUCGGUUAAAAUUGUGGAAGAUGCUGUUGGAUUAUUUGACUUUAAGAUUCAAUGGUAGCCUUUUAUUUUGGUGGCCCCCAAUGAGUCAUGCCUCCUGAUACUCAUGUCCUUAUUUAGUCACUUCUGUUUGAAUCUGGGCUGCCUUUGUGACUUGCUUUAAUCAGGAGAUUGUGAUAAAUGGCACUGUGCUGGGCCUAGAAACCCUGGCUUUUUCCUCGUUUGCAUUGUGGGGGAAGCCAGCUGCCACAUAAGGGGUUGAACUACCAGGAACAAAUGAGAGUGCCUGAGAUCACCAUGUGAAGGAGAAUGGAGACACCCAACCCACGGCAGAGUCCGAGGCCCAGACACAUGACACAAGUUGUCCCUUCCAGCCAGACCCGAGCUGUUGAAGCUACUUCAGCUGACACCAUAUGGAAAAGAGACGAGCGUCUCCAUCAAGCCUGUCUCAAUUGCAGAAGCAUGAACAAAGAAUCAGAUGAUUGUUGUUUUAAGUCAUUAACCUUUGGGAUAAUUUGUCACACUGCAAUAAGUAACCAAAGAAGAUUCCUUAUUAUUAACUGUUGUCUUGGCUAAUUUUGUUUUGCUUUUCAUAAGUCUUCUUUGAGUUUAAAUUCUAUUUCCAGAAAUUUAUGUUAUCAUGAAAUUUGGUGGCAAGAGCAAGGGACUAUGUUAUUUUGUUUGUUUGUUUCUGUUUCUCACCAUACCUACCACAGGGCCUGGCCACGUGAUUAAGGAACAUUUGCUGAAUGACUAAAUGAUUCCAAAUUGUAGAGGGAAUAAAGUCCAAUGUCCAGUCUGCCAUUUCAGGCUUUCAAACUUCCUUUUCUUCUGUUACUCUCUGUGCUUCAGCCAAGUUUGGGUCCUUUCUCUUUUCUCAACAUGUCUUGUUCUCCUACACCCCCUCACCUUUGCUCAGUCUGCCAUUUCCGUGUUGCGUCCCCUCCCUGCUCACCUGUGCACACCCACCUGGACUCACAUGCACACACACACACACAUUUCACGUGUAUCUCUUAUCUGUACUCCAACGCCUAGAUCAAAGUCCUGAUCCCCUCAAUCAGGGGAGAGCUCGAGCCUCUGAAUUCCCAGAACAUUCUAGCAAUAUUAUACCACUUAUAUCUUAUCUGAAAAGUUUUUUUUUUUGUAUAUGUCUUUAUGUUUUUUUUUUUUUUUUUUAUCCUGUUAGAUUGAAACUACAGAAGGCAGGGCUGUAUCUUGUACCUCAUUGUAUCUCCCUGGUGACAGCAAAAGUACUCUGUAAAUGAAUGUUGAUUGGGGGAAAAAUGUCAGAAAGUCAUCUGAAGCUGUCACUCCUUCCUGGGAGGAGCCCAUUUUGACAAAUGAGGGUCAUCGAUUUCAUUCCUUAUAACCAAUGUACAGGUUACCUUUAUGCUUGUGCAUUUCAAGUUUCCCCUUCCCCACGUUUAUUUGAAUGCCAACCCAAAGGUAAUGUUUUGACAUUUCUUAAUUUUGAACAUUAAUUUUGAACCUUAUUGAGCAGUUGAAUGAAAGAAAGAAAAAAGGAAUGUUCAAGUGCCCCGACCCUCAUGCUAAGUGCUCAGGGUAGAGAAGGAAUGUUCAAGUGCCCCGCCCCCCAUGCUAAGUGCUCAGGGUAGAGAAGGAAUGUUCAAGUGCUCCGCCCCCAUGCUAAGUGCUCAGGGUAGAGCUAUGCUUGGUCCCCUGUGUCCCUGGUGCUCAUGAGAUGGGUCUUUCUUUAUUUUUAUUUUUGAGAUGGAGCCUCGCUCUGUCACCCAGGCUGGAGUGCAAUGGCACGAUCUCAGCUCACUGCAACCUCCACCUCCUGGGUUCAAGUGACUUUCCUGUCUCAGCCUCCUGAGUAGCUGGGAUUACAGGUGCCUGCCACCAUGGCUGGCUAAUUUUUGUAUUUUUAGUAGAGAUGGGGUUUCACCAUGUUGGCCAGGCUGGUCUCAAACUCCUGACCUCAAGUGAUCCGCCCACCUUGGUCUCCCAAAGUGCUGGGAUUACAGGCAUGAGCCACCGCUCCUGGCUGAGAUAGGUCUUUCUUAAAGGGGAGAGGGAAGUCGUGGAGAGAGAGGAGAGAAAAUGACAAAGGAGGAGGCGGAGAAUCUAACAGGUGUGACCAAUUCUGCUACCAAAUGAGAGCAGAAGCCUGUGAACUUCCAGUUAAUAGACCACUUAAUUGGGGGAACGCGUCACACGUUAUAAAAAAGCACUAGAAUGUUUUGAAAGUGAGAAACAACAGCUGUGUAGGGUAGCUAGCAGUGUUGUAUGGAAGACAGAUAUUUGUGCAUUUCUGCAUUUUCUAAGUUUGCUGCAAUGAGCGUGUAUUACUUUUAUAGUUAUAAAACACAUGCAAAGUGCCCUUUUAAAAUGAAAAAAAGUCCAUGAGUGUAAGUGAUAAUAUGCUUUGGAAAGCCUGGGAUGGUUAUUGUUUACUCUCAAUAGUAUGUGUUUGCCUUUGUCCUUUUGAGACAUUUUGUUUUAAUCUGUUGAUCACAAUAACCUGUUGAUAAUAUAACUUGAUGACAAAUAAAAUGACUUAUGAUUGAU